CUAUGUUCAUAUUCAAUGCAAUUAGUCACAACAAUAUGUGCAGGCCACUUGGGUAAUGUUGAGUUGGCAGCUGUGGCAAUUCAAGGCUCUGUUAUUGGACUCCUGGCUUUUGGGUUCUUGUUGGGAAUGGGCAGUGCAUUAGAAACCCUCUGUGGUCAGGCUGUUGGAGCAGGUAAACGUCAAAUGCUUGGAGUGUAUUUGCAGCGUUCAUGGUUAAUCUUACUGGGUACAGCAGUGCUUUUGAGUUCUACUUACAUAUUUGCUACCCCAAUUCUUAAGCUGCUGGGACAGGAGCAUGAUGUAGCUGAUCUAGCCGGAGAAUAUGCACUUUGGAUGCUACCAACGCUGUUUCUCUAUUCAUUAAAUUUCCCAAUGCAAAAGUUUCUUCAGGCACAAAGAAAACUCAUGGCCAUGGCUUUGAUUUCCUUAGUUAUAUUGAUAAUCCAUUCCUUUAUGAGUUGGUUGUUAAUCUUCGAAUUGGGUUUGGGAUUGGUUGGAGCAGCUAUUACAGGAAAUCUAUCAUGGUGCAUUAUCGAUACUUGUCAGUUUUUGUAUAUAGUUUACUUUUGCCAAGAUGCUUGGAAAGGAUUCUCCUGGCUUGCUUUUCAUGAUGUAUGGCCUUUUGUUAGACUUUCAGUGGCUUCGGGUGUUAUGCUAUGUUUGGAGAUCUGGUAUAUGAUGUCACUGAUUAUUAUGACGGGGAAUUUGAAAAAUGCAACAAUUGAAGUCGAUGCGCUAUCUAUAUGCAUGAAUUUGAAUACAUGGGAAGCCAUGAUCUUCGUCGGUUUCAAUGCUGCCAUUAGUGUGAGAGUAUCGAAUGAACUGGGAGCUGGUCGCCCUAAAGCUGCAAAAUUUGCUGUCGUGGUGGUGGUUGCAACAUCAUUGUCAAUUGGGCUUAUAUGUAUGGCCAUCAUUCUUGUAACCAAAAAUGAUUUUGCAGUACUAUUCACAACUAGUAAAGUGGUCAUGGAAAGAGUCUCCAAUAUGGCCAUGUUACUUGGAGUAACGAUGGUUUUGAAUAGCGUACAACCAGUUCUAUCAGGUGUGGCAGUAGGCGGAGGUUGGCAAGGUCUGAUAGCCUAUGUAAACCUAGAGUCCUACUAUGUUAUUGGAUUACCCCUUGGCCUUCUUAUGGGAUAUAAGUUCGAUCUUGGAGUGAAGGGCAUUUGGACUGGCAUGAUUUGUGGAACAGUCCUCCAGACUCUUAUUUUAUUGUUAAUUACAUAUUUCACUAACUGGAAUCGAGAGGCUGCUCAAGCCGAGGAUCGUAUCAGGGUAUGGGGAGGAUUAGCUGGGUCUUAUGCAAAUCGAUCACUGAAGGUAAGCCUGUGCAUGGGGACGAGAAUGUUGGGAACGAAAAUGUUGAACAGGAGAACAUCCCUUAGAAUUCUAGAAAAUCUUCCAUUUACGAAAAUCUUUGGCAAAUAUUAUCUAGACGAUCCUCUUCUGUAA